AUGGGCAGGAUCCUUAUCCGAACCCUGGCAGAAGGCUCCACGCCAGUGAUCAUCGCCAUCAACAGGAACACAUCCAAGUCUAUGAAGCUGGCUGUGGCAAACUAUCCGCGUGGAGAGCGCGAGGUGAUCUUGCUGACGGUCCAGGUGGGCACCGAAUCGAUGUCUCCUUUGAUUUGGGCAGUGGAGAAAGGAGCAUUGGAGUCUGCGAGGGAGAUCCUCAAUGAUUUGCUCACCUUGCGUGCGGACCGUGCGCCGUCUCUCCUGCCGACGGUUUUUGAUGGACUCAUCUGGCGGUCCAAGAAUGUGAAGAACGGCAUGCGGCGUGCAAACUACUACAUCGCGUCCUUGCUCAGAGGCGAAGAUGGCCAGCUGACAGAUUCCCUCCUGGACUUGAUCAAGCAAGCAGACCCCGAAAUCAUUUGUCAUCCCACGGUAGUCUUUCAGGCCGAUCUUCUCUGGACUCGGCUUUGUUGCUUGCCAUGGGCUUUGACAAAGCUGUGGUUCUGUGCCACCCUCGUGGUCUACGUCAUGGCAGAGCAGCAAGCUGUGACUUCGAGCGAUCCCUUGAGUCAGGAGCGGUUCACCACCAUUGUCUGCCGGGCGUUCUUGUACAUCGGCAGCCUGGGGCAGCUCUUCGCCAAGCAUGCCUACCAGACAUACAGGGCAGUACGACAGAAGCAGAUGACGCGCCUCUGCUGCUUGCCGGUGCCGAAGUACGUGCUGCAAACGCGCCAAGAGUUGACCGAAGUUGCGCUCAUGCUGCUCCUGAUGUGUCUGUUGUGUUGCGAGCCAGUGCUCCACUGCCUUGCUGUUAGCAGCGAGCUGCUGACAAACUGCUGCGAGCACGGGGAAUGGCAAUGCAAUCUGAUCCAAGUUUACAACCGCCUCGCCACCUUUCCCAUGGUCCUCUACUUCGUUCUUACCUCCGAGUUGGUGCACCUGAAUGUCAGUCUCUCCGUCUUCAGCGUGAUCUGCUCGUGCCUCAUGUGGGAGUUCCUCCUGUAUGUAGCAGUCAUGGCAUUCUUCGCUGCGGCUUUUGCAUCGGCAAUUGCUUGCUUGCCUCAAGCUCUGGCCGCUGAUUCGGUUCACGAGCGGGACUUCUCCAGUUGGCCCCUGGCGUUUGAGUCUUUGCUGUCCUCUGCCUUCAAUGUCUAUGACAGUGACAACUACGAGCAAAUCGCGGUCGCAGAUGAACCGAUGCUGAAAUGGUUUGUCAUGGCCUUCGCCGCAUGCUGGCAUGUGUACCUCAUGAACCUCAUGGUGGCACAGCUUUGCCAACGCUACAACGACAUCUACCACGACGCACGGGGCAACGCUCGCCUGACGCGUGGAAUCAACAUCUAUGAGACCUCCAUGCCCCUGAUUUCCAAGAAACGUUGGACAGCCUUUGUGGAGUCCUUGCACUUGGGCGAGGCUUGCGAGCUCGAUGAGGGCGACACCGGGCCCCGUGGUGCAGUGCCGACUACCGAGAGCCCGUACGACUACUUGCAGUAUCCCAAGGUGACGCUGGAUCGCGUUCAGCGCUACGGUGGCCUUGCGCAUCCAAGGCUGCCGUGGCCAUCCCUCGAUGAGGCUGUGGACGACAGCGCCGUCGGCAAGUUAACGCGGAUGACGCAAUCCAAGUUCGAGGAGAUGGACAGGCUCAUGGUGGACAUGGCCAUCAAACUCCAGGUUCGUCCUCCAGGGACCUCGGGUGGCACCCAGGACUACUCCACGAUGCAUUCCGAGAAGCGCGAUGAUGAAAGCAAGAUUGCUGAAUCUGUUGAUGAUCACGAGCAUGGCAUCGGCAUGAAGGAAACCGACGUCUCAGAGGAGUUGGCCGUGAACGAGAAAACCAGGCACCUCGGUGAGAAGUGA